AUGGCCGCUUUCCUUCAGAACCUGCCCCUGCCGACCCUCGAUCGGCCCUUCGGCAUCCACCUAUGGCCCAUCUUCGACAAGGCCUUCGAGGUUGUCGUGGGAUACCCCGCCAGCGAGUUCAAGUUCCAGGAGGGCGUCACCCCGAUGUCCACCUUCAAGGAGACCGCGACCAUGCUCAUCACUUACUACAUCGUCAUCUUCGGCGGCCGUGAGAUCAUGAAGAAGCGCAGCCCGCUCAAGCUCAAUGCGCUGUUCAUGAUCCACAACUUCUACCUGACCGCCAUCAGCGCUACCCUGCUGGCCCUGUUCAUCGAACAGCUGCUGCCGACCAUCUGGCGACACGGCGUCUUCCACGCGAUCUGUGACCACCAGGGCGGAUGGACCCAGCCCCUCAUUGUGCUAUACUACCUGAACUACCUCACCAAAUACCUCGAACUGAUCGACACUGUCUUCCUUUUCCUCAAGAAGAAACCCUUGACCUUCCUCCACACCUACCACCACGGCGCCACCGCUCUCCUCUGCUACACUCAGUUGAUCGGCUUGACGGCAGUGCAGUGGGUGCCCAUCACCAUCAACCUGCUGGUCCAUGUGGUUAUGUACUGGUACUACUUCCAGAGCGCCCGCGGCAUCCGCAUCUGGUGGAAGCAGUACAUCACUCGUCUGCAGAUCGUGCAGUUCGUCAUCGAUCUGGGUUUCAUCUACUUCGCCUCCUACACCUACUUCAGCUCCACCUACUUCCCGUGGGCUCCCAACAUGGGCGAAUGCGCGGGCGAGGAGUUCGCGGCUUUCGCUGGCAUUGCGAUCAUCACCUCUUACCUGCUCCUGUUCAUCUCGUUCUACAUUGCCACCUACAAGAAGGAGGUCAAGGUCGGCCGCCCGCGCCGCAACACCGGCAAGAAGUCUUUGAUCGACAUGAAGAACUUCGAGGUCCCUUCUCCCGCCACUCCAGCGGGUGCGCAGAGGAACGGCAGCGCCACGCCCUCGAACGGCUCUGCAGUUUCGACCGGCCGCUCGAACGGCCCCGUCACACGCUCUCGCAAGGCGUAA